UGGUGAUGCAGGGUAUCCAGUCCUGUCCAGAGCUUGAAUGACAUUCUGAGGUUCAGUUCUUCACCAUGCCACCAUGAGCAUAAGCUCCACUCACUGUGAAAAUGGCGCAAAUAGGAAAUUCCUCCAGUCAGCACAUGGAUAUGAUGUACAUCUCCAUUGAGACCACUAUUGCUCUGGCCUCUGUGGUGGGGAAUGUACUGGUGGUGCUGGUGGUGUAUGAAAACCGGGCUCUCCGCAGCGCAACCUUCUGCUUCAUUGUGUCUCUGGCCAUGGCUGACAUCGCUGUGGGACUUUUGGUCAUCCCUCUAGCUAUUGUUAUCAGUGUGGGAUAUUACACUCAGUUCUACACAUGCCUCUUCCUGUCUUGCCUGAUUCUGAUGAUCACCCAGAGCUCCAUCUUUUCCCUACUGGCAAUAGCCAUCGACAGAUAUCUGCGAGUCAAAAUUCCUACCAGGUACAGCAUCAUAGUGACUAAUGGGCGAGCGUUCAUGGCAAGUUGUCUCUGUUGGAUUCUUUCCUUCCUCACUGGAUUGGUUCCGAUGACUGGCUGGAAUAACCAGGAUACCAUAAACCGCAGCAACUCCAGUGAGAUUUGCUGCCAAUUCACCGCUGUUAUAAGGAUGGACUAUAUGGUAUACUUUAAUUUCUUUGUCUGUGUGGCACCACCACUGCUGAUAAUGAUCACUCUGUAUGUGGAGAUCUUUAGGGUCAUACGGAAGCAACUUAACCGCCGUGCUGAGGCCACCUGUGAUGGAGACAAGUACUUCCGGAAGGAGCUGAAACUAGCCAAAUCGUUGGCCUUGGUGGUGUUUCUCUUUGCUUUGUGCUGGCUCCCAAUACAUAUCAUGAACUGCAUCACUUUAUUUUGCCCAAAUUGUAUCAAUCCGAUAGCCUCAAAGGUAGGGAUUUUCAUGUCCCAUGUAAACUCGGCUCUUAACCCGCUGGUUUAUGCAUUCAAGAUGAAGCAUUUCCGUGCCACACUCAUCCAGAUCAUUCGCCGUUGCAUGUUAUGUAAACCCGUAGAAGCAACCGCAUACCCUACAAGCACAGUAGUCCUAAGUUAGAGAGUGAAUGUAAGUGUAUAAAAAGGACUGCAAUAUUUCUGUGUUCUUGGCUUCCAGU